AUGACCCCUCCUCGUGUCAUUGUUGUUGGCGGAGGCCUGUCUGGUCUAAGCGCCGCCCAUACCGUCUACCUGAACGGAGGCAACGUCCUUGUUCUGGACAAGAACAACUUCUUUGGCGGCAACUCCACGAAAGCCACCUCUGGCAUCAACGGCGCCCUCACCCGCACUCAGGUCGAUCUCGGCAUUCAAGACAGUGUCAAGCAAUUCUACGAGGACACACUCAAAUCGGCUCGUGAUAAGGCUAGGCCAGAUCUGAUUCGAGUUCUCACAUACCAGUCCGCCGCAGCCGUGGAAUGGCUUCAAGAUGUCUUCAAUCUCGACCUCACUCUUGUUUCUCGAUUGGGCGGUCACUCUUUCCCCCGAACACACCGAGGACAUGAUGCGAAAUUCCCUGGUAUGGCCAUUACUUAUGCUUUGAUGCAAAGACUGGAAGAGCUCUGCGAAUCCGACCCCGACAGAGUCGAGGUCAUUAAGAAGGCCAAAGUCACAUCUUUGAACACGGAUGGCAACCUGAUCACCGGUGUUACAUACGAAUAUGGCGGUGAGACGCACUCGGUGGAUGGUGUGGUCGUUCUGGCCACUGGUGGAUACGCCGCCGACUUCACAGAGACCUCCCUUCUCAAGAAGCACAGACCAGACACUUUUCAUCUGUCAUCAACCAAUGGUACACAUGCCACAGGUGAUGGACACAAGAUGUUGAUGGCAAUUGGCGCGAACGACAUUGACAUGGACAAAGUCCAAGUGCAUCCGACCGGCCUGGUUGAUCCCAAAGAUCCCAACUCCAAAUGGAAGUUCUUGGCUGCUGAAGCCCUUCGAGGCGAAGGUGGUAUUCUACUCAACAGCGAUGGUCAACGAUUCUGUGAUGAUCUCGGCCACCGUGAUUACGUUUCCGGCAAAAUGUGGGAGGAGAAGGAGAAGGGCAAAUGGCCCAUCCGCCUGGUCCUAAACUCCAAGGCCUCAAACGUCCUUGACUUCCAUACCCGGCACUACUCUGGUCGUGGCUUGAUGAAGAAGAUGACCGGCAAGGAGCUGGCUAAGGAAAUCGGCUGCGGAGAGGCUGCGCUGGAGAAACAGUUCAAGGAAUACAACGCCAUUGCCAAAGGCGAGAAGAAGGAUCCCUGGGGCAAGAAAUACUUCCACAACAUGCCCAUGGACAUCAAUGAUACUUUCCACGUUGCGUUGAUGGAGCCCGUCCUGCACUUCACUAUGGGUGGCAUGGAGAUCAACGACAAGGCCCAAGUGCUCAACAGGGAACACAAACCUUUCGAGGCUCUUUUCGCCUGUGGUGAACUUGCUGGCGGUGUUCACGGUGCGAACCGGCUGGGUGGUUCCUCGCUUUUGGGCUGUGUGGUCUACGGCCGUGUUGCAGGAGCGUCGGCGUCUCAAUACCUGUUCCACAAGCUUACCACCCAAGGAGGUGCCACCGGGACUUCUCAGCGUCUCGGGCAGAUCUCAUUACAUAUUGAUCCCAGCACUCCUGGCAAGAUCUCAGUGGAAUGGGGAAGCGGUGCUUCUUCGGGGUCCUCAAUCGGUACUUCGACAACCUCGAAGCAGGCCCAAAAGAGCGCAGCACCGGUGAUGGAUGGCGACAAGAGCCAGGACCCCGGCAAGAAGAAGGAUGUCAACGAUAUCAGCAACUUCAAGGUACCGGAUAAGGAGUACAGCCUGGAAGAGGUUGCCAAACAUAACAAGAAAGAUGAUCUGUGGAUUGCCGUCAAGGGUGUCGUGAUGGACGUCACCAAUUGGCUCGAUGAGCAUCCGGGUGGUCCUCAGGCAUUGUUCAGCCACAUGGGCAAAGAUGCCACAGAAGAGUUCGAGAUGCUUCACGACGACGAAGUGAUUCCGAAAUAUGCUGCCGACAUUGUCAUUGGCCGUGUCAAGGGCCAGGAAGUGCGACUGGAAUAUUGA